AUGCUUUGUAUCAGACUCAGUCUCACCCUCCUUCGUGCCAGAUAUCCUCCUCCCAUAGUUCUUAGUAGUCAAAACCGAUGCAGCCCCCUACCCCCUAACCAUGAGUAUGACAUCUCCAUUGUGUCACUGGGCUCUGUCCAGACCAGGACCACUGUCUCCCCACCUGGGUUCACUGGAUCCACCCUGGAGAGGGCUUCUGCCACUGUCCACAAAUUCCUUGACUCUGUAUCUAGGGAGAAAUUCAGAAAUCUCCCUAGCUCUGCUGCCACCCCCUUCACUCCCCUCAUCUUUUCUUUGGGUGGUGUCAUGGAACACAGGACUGCCCAAGCCCUCCACACCUGGGGUGAGGUCCUACCUCCCCAUUCCCACAGGAUGCUUUGUAUCAGACUCAGUCUCACCCUCCUUCGCGCCAGAGUGAGAAACUUUGAUCUCUGGUCCCAUUGA